UUCAUUUUUUACUUCCGGGUAGGCUAAUUCUAAAUAUACAUUCGUUUAAAACGAAACAAGACUUUAUAUUCCUACUUUAGCAAUAAAGAUAAAAUACGUUUAUCUGUGAUUAUAAGAGGCUAUUUAUACCAUGGCAUCCACGACGAAACUUAUUGUAGCUGCAAUAGACUUCGGAACAACCUUUUCCGGAUACGCUUUCUCUUUUGGACAUGACUUUCAUAACGACCCUUUAAAGAUUCAGACUAAUCACUGGAUUGGAGGAGGCCAUAUUUCUCUAAAGGCACCCACCACAGUGUUGUUCACACCACAAAAGAUAUUUCAUUCAUUUGGUUACGAUGCCGAAGACAAGUAUAUGGACUUGGCUGAGGACGAGAACCACAAGGAAUGGUUUUAUUUCAGGAGGUUCAAAAUGUUACUUCAUGAAAACAAGGUCUUGUCAAGAAAAACUCUUCUUUUUGAUGAACAUAACAAGCCCCUUUCUGCCUUGACAGUCUUUUCGUCGGCAAUUAAAUACUUGAAAAAUCAUCUUCUAGAAGUUAUCCAGACACGAGUCACUGACAUUCAUGAAGAAGAUAUACAUUGGGUUCUUACAGUCCCUGCAAUCUGGAACGAGUCGGCUAAACAAUUUAUGAAAGAAGCGGGAACCGAGGCUGGUUUACAUAAAGAUCAUCUGAUUCUCGCUCUGGAACCAGAAGGCGCUUCUGUAUUGUGUAAACGUCUACCAGUCGAAAGAUUGAGUUUGUCAAAGUCUGGUGAUCUAGAAGCAUUCAAGAGUGGAUCAAAUUAUAUGGUUUUAGAUUUAGGAGGCGGUACUGUUGAUAUUACCGUACAUUCUGUCCAAGCUGAUGGAACACUGUCUGAAAUCGCCAAGGCCAGUGGGGGAGCAUGGGGUGGUACCCAGGUUGACACAGCUUUCUUAGAGUUUCUUGAACAGGUUGUUGGGAAAACAUUUCUGGAAGAAUUUAGAGAAGGUCAUACAGCCGAUUUUCUUGACAUGAUGAGAGAAUUUGAAGCAAAGAAGAGGACAUUAUCGUCGCAAUCAGACGGCAUGAUUACGAUGCGAAUUGCGGCAUCUUUUGCAUCACAAUUCAAGACUAAGAAAGGAAAGGAUCUACAAGAACAAGUUUCUUCAACCAUUUAUGCCGGUCGUGUAAAUUUCAGACGAGAUAAGAUUCAAAUUACUGCUGACGUUUUCAAGCAGUUUUUCACAGAUUCCAUUUCAAACACAAUCACUCAUGUUCGAGAAAUAUUUACUGAAAACAACUUUCAGGAAAUAGAAACAAUUUUACUUGUUGGUGGGUUUGCAGAAUCUGAAAUUGUUCAAGAUACGUUAAGAACGGAGUUUUCGGACAAACGUAUUAUAACCCCGAAUGAAUCUGGUCUUGUUGUGCUGAAAGGAGCUGUACUUUUCGGACAUAAUCCGAAAGUCGUUAAAUCACGUGUGAGUAAAUACACGUAUGGUGUCGAAGUUCACGCCCCUUUUGAUGAGGAUAUUCACCCAGCAGAAUAUAAAUUCUUUGACGGGAUUUACAAAUGCCGAUAUUUGUUUGACCCGUUUGUUCGAGCCGGGCAAGUAGUUCCGGUAGAUGAAGUUAUAAGGAAUAGCUACACGUCAAACAUUAUUGACGUUGAGGAAGGCGUUGGAAUUUACGCAUCUACAAAUGAAUUUCCGGCAUAUGUUGUUGAUGAUAACUGCUUCAAACUUGGCAACAUAUAUCUUGAUGAACCAGAUCAUGAAGUUGUUGUAGAGAUGCAGUUCGGAGGGACACAAUUUUCUGUACAGUUUACAGAUUUGAAUACAGGUGUCAAACGGAUUGACUGUUUUGAUUUUCUGUCUCACUGACUUAACGAAGACCUAUGUCAUAUCUAUUCGUAAAUAUAGAUCAGAUACUUUCAUACCAUUUGACAUACGUGUUAUUAAAUGCCAAGCAUAUUUUGAUUUUAUUACGUCUUUUAGUUACGUAAAGACGUACUGGAUGAAAAGAACUAGAAAUUUGAUAAAUGUGACUCUGAUAAGGAACUACCAUUGAACUAAACGAUAUGAUUUGUUCUUUCUUCAGACUGGAUCAUUUGAAUGGUCUGCGGAUGUCUCUAAAUUGCUUUUUGUACUUUUAGCAUGUGUAAAUGUUGAGUUCUGCUCAACCCGGGGCUAGAGGACGUGGACGGUAGCAUGCAUUUCCACUACCGUCCAUGAACAGGCUCAAUCAAAUUUUCGUUUUUGUCGUAUGAGCGACCUGUGAAGUUUCCACUUUUCUCUAUUUUGUUUCAUUUAACAGGAUAGUUCAUAGUCUUAUUAACUUGAUAAAUAAUUUCAUAACACAUUAUAUUUUGCCUAUAUUCAUCAAUUGUUUUUCGAAAUUUUACAUUUUUAUAGAGCUGUAUCUUGUCAGUAAUUUCCUUCGACGCUGUGUGUAUGUGAAUGGCGCAUUUUCACUCUAUGAACUGAAUUUCUUAAUAUUUGAUACCUACAUCUUGCUGUACCAAAUAUGGUUUGUAUUUCGUAAGCAAUACGAAGUUCUGUAUUGUACUAUGUUGAAUACAGUUACCUAUCAUGCAUGUGUCCGGACUUCUUUCAAUAACAUCAUGACCCAGUUCUAUAAAUAGUACAAAUAAAAAGACUAAAAAAUGAAA